CCUCCUCACCCCUCCUCCCUCCCCUCCCUGCUAAUUUUUUAUGCAUUUUUCUAAACUGUCAUGGCGAUUUUGUGUCCUUGGAAAUAAAAAGCGCCAGUGUUUUUCGGGCCAACCGGGGGGAUGUCUCGCCGGUGAGAGCGUGUGUCCGCUGUCCGGAGCAGAUGCAGUGAAGGAUAGAAGAUGAAAAUACACAAGAAGGACAAGCAGCAGAUGUUCACUGGUCUCCUGAAGCACACACCUCCACCCUCUUCUGCUGCAGACUCCUCCUCUGCCUCGGACCAAAACAACAACGCACAAACCAGCGUUCCCACAAUCCCAAGGGGUCACCUGGUUGUGGGCCCCAAGGACCAACUCUGCCUCAUCACCCCAGUGGGAAGUUCGCUGAUGUCCAAUCACUGCUCGGCAUCAGGGACCCAUACCUCCAAGCACCUGCUAGGGGGCCCUCGACCUCCUUCCUCCUUCAGCGAGGAAGAUGAUGGAGGAGGGGGAGGCAGGGUCAAGAAGAAACGAAAGAAAAAGGACAAGAGGGAAUGUACCAUUGGAGGGGGGGAGGUGGGGACAGAUAGAGAAAGCAUCAGACCAAAGAAACGACGAGAGGAGGAUGUAAAGGAGGAGACCGUUGUGACUCUGAGGAAGAGCAAAGUCCUGAAAGAGGGGAGAGAGAGAAAGGAGCGCAGGACUAAAGGGAGGGAGGACAGCCGAGAAACUCCAAAGGAGGUGAAGAACGUGAUCAGCCGGAAAUCAGCGGCCUCCUCUUUGACAUCUGGACAAGUUCAGGUGCCCAUUAGGGUGCCUGGUAAAAGGGGAAGAAAGCCCAAAGUGAAAAUCCUUCCUCCUGUUCCCUCAAUUCAAGCAGCACCAACUCCAUCCCUCAGACUCCCCACGAAGAGUCAUGGGCAGCUGCAAUCCAACCAAAAUCUCAACGCCAACCAUGUCCCAGCAAAUAGCAAGAGCCUUGUUCCCUCUGCGCCUAAACAGAGGGGACGCAAACCCAGAGACCCUGGUGUGAUGCCGGUGGAGAAGAAGAAAAAAGCGAAGAGGAGAAACCAAGAGCCAAUGUCACAGGAGGCGGCGGAGAAUGACGACACUACCUCAAUGUCCACUGUCACCAUGGGAGAGGACAGCCAGGAUGCUCUGGACAACUCUAAAAGGCGUUCAGUUCGUCAGGUCAAGAGGAGGAAGUACAAUGAAGAUCUGGACUUCAAGGUGGUUGAUGACGAUGGAGAGACAAUCGCUGUUCUGGGAGCUGGUCGCAUAGCUGCUCUGAAUGCCACCGCUCUGGCAUGGCAGGCUGAAGAGCCGCCCGAGGAUGAGGCUAACAUCAUAGAGAAAAUUCUGUCAGUCAGAACGUUGAAAAAGGAGACGCCUUCUUUGACUGAGGACCAAGAUGAAGAGUCUGAGGAGUUUUAUGUCAAGUACAGAAAUUUUUCCUACCUGCACUGCAAAUGGGCAACACUAGAAGAGCUGGAGAAGGAUCCCAGAAUCCACCAGAAGAUUAAGCGUUUCAGGACUAAACAGGCUCAAAUGAAACACUUGUUCACUGAGCCUGAUGAGGAUUUAUUCAACCCUGACUAUGUGGAGGUGGACAGGGUUCUGGAAGUGGCUGUUACCACGGAUACUGAGACAGGCGAGGAGGUUACUCAUUAUCUGGUGAAGUGGUGCAGCCUGUCAUACGAGGAGGCAACGUGGGAGCUGCAGGAGGACCUGGACCCGGAGAAGAUCAAAGAGUUUGAGGAGAUCCAGAAGAUGCCUCCAGAGCUCAGACAUGUGGAGCGGCCUCCUCCAGAAAACUGGCAGAAGUUGGAGAAGUCAAGAGAUUACAGGAAUGGCAACCAACUGAGAGAAUAUCAGCUAGAAGGAAUGAACUGGUUGCUCUUCAACUGGUACAACAGAAAAAACUGUAUCCUGGCUGAUGAAAUGGGUUUGGGGAAAACCAUUCAAUCCAUCACCUUUCUGUUCGAGAUCUUCAGCAAGGGCAUCCGAGGUCCCUUCCUCAUCAUCGCACCUCUCUCCACCAUCACUAACUGGGAGCGGGAGUUCCGCACAUGGACGCGCAUGAACGUCAUCGUGUAUCACGGCUCUCAGAUCAGUCGGCAGAUGAUUCUGCAGUAUGAAAUGUUUCACAAAGACGCACAGGGUAACUCCACCCCAGGCGUGCUCAAGUUCCACGGUCUGAUCACCACCUUUGAGAUGAUCAUGGCAGACUGCCCAGAGCUGAGGAAGCUGCACUGGCGAUGCGUGGUCAUCGACGAGGCGCACAGAUUAAAGAACCGGAACUGCAAACUCCUCGAAGGACUCAAACUCAUGAACUUGGAGCACAAGGUCCUCCUGACGGGAACACCUUUGCAGAACUCUGUAGAAGAGUUGUUCAGUUUGUUGAAUUUCCUUGAGCCGCUGCAGUUCCCUUCAGAAAGCACAUUCCUUGAAGAGUUUGGGGAUCUCAAAACUGAGGAACAGGUAAAAAAGCUUCAGGCCAUCCUAAAGCCCAUGAUGCUGCGGAGACUGAAGGAUGACGUAGAGAAGAAUCUCGCGCCUAAAGAAGAGACUAUUAUAGAGGUGGAGCUAACAAAUAUCCAGAAGAAGUACUACCGGGCCAUACUGGAAAAGAACUUUUCUUUCCUGUCCAAGGGAGCCAACCAGCACAACAUGCCAAACCUCAUCAACACUAUGAUGGAGCUCCGAAAGUGCUGCAACCACCCGUAUCUGAUCACUGGAGCAGAGGAGAAGAUUCUGGAGAACUUCAGGAGAAGUCACAGUCCAGAUGCUGCUGAUUUCCAGCUGCAGGCCAUGAUCCAGGCUGCUGGGAAGCUAGUUUUGAUAGACAAACUGCUGCCCAAAUUGCUCGCCGGCGGACACAAAGUCUUGGUUUUCUCUCAGAUGGUGCGCUGUCUGGACAUCUUGGAGGACUACCUUAUCCAGCGACGUUACACGUAUGAGCGCAUUGAUGGUCGGGUGCGAGGAAACCUGCGUCAGGCUGCCAUAGAUCGAUUUUGCAAACCAGAUUCAGAUCGUUUUGUUUUUCUACUGUGCACCCGUGCCGGAGGACUGGGAAUCAACCUGACUGCAGCAGACACUUGCAUAAUCUUUGAUUCGGACUGGAACCCUCAGAAUGACCUCCAGGCUCAGGCACGCUGCCACCGGAUUGGUCAAAGCAAGGCAGUUAAGGUCUACCGAUUAAUCACCAGGAAUUCUUACGAACGGGAAAUGUUCGACAAAGCCAGUCUGAAGCUGGGACUGGACAAAGCCGUCCUCCAGGACAUCAACCGCAAAGGCAGCCUCAAUGGGGUGCAGCAGUUGUCAAAGCUGGAGGUGGAGGAUUUGUUGAAAAAAGGAGCAUAUGGUGCACUGAUGGACGAGGAAGAUGAGGGUUCGAAGUUCUGUGAGGAAGACAUCGAUCAGAUCCUGCAGAGGCGAACACAGACCAUUACCAUUCAGACUGAGGGGAAGGGGUCCACAUUCGCAAAGGCCAGUUUUGUCUCAUCGGGCAACCGGACAGACAUUUCCCUGGAUGAUCCGAACUUCUGGCAGAAAUGGGCCAAAAUUGCUGAAGUGGAGAUCGACUCCAAAUCAGAGAAGGAGUCGUUGGUUAUCGACACACCUCGGGUGAGGAAACAAACUCGCCACUACAACUCCUUUGAGGACGAUGAACUGAUGGAGUUCUCUGAGCUGGACAGUGAUUCAGAGGAGAGGCCAAGUCGGACCCGACGCCUAGGUGAACGUAGUCGACGCUACCUUAGAGCUGAGUGCUUCAGGGUGGAAAAGAACCUACUCAUAUUUGGAUGGGGUAGGUGGAAAGACAUCCUCAACCAUGGUCGCUUUAAGUGGAAUCUCUCUGAGAGAGACAUGGAGGCCAUCUGUCGGGCUCUGCUAGUCUACUGCCUGAAACACUACAAAGGAGACGACAAGAUCAAGAGCUUCAUGUGGGAUCUGAUCACUCCGAGCAAGGAGGGUGAAGACCAGUCACUGGUCAAUCACUCGGGGCUCUCAGCUCCAGUUCCUCGGGGCCGGAAAGGGAAGAAGCUGAAGAACCAGCUGAAUGUUCCUGAGCUGAAGAAUGCCGACUGGCUAGUGCAGUGUAACCCAGAGGUGAUUCUACAGGAUGACAGCUACAAGAAACACCUCAAACAGCAUUGUAAUAAGGUGCUCUUGAGGGUGAGGAUGCUCUACUAUCUGAAGGUUGAAGUUUUGGGCGAAGCAGCCAACCAAUCUCUGGAUGGUAUCCCCGCCAGUAAACUGGAGGUGGCGCUACCUGACAUUGACUACAUUGAGAUUCCGGCAACGUGGUGGGAUGCAGAUGCUGACAAGUCUCUCCUUAUAGGAGUCCACAAACAUGGGUACGAGCGCUACAAUGCUAUGCGUGCUGAUCCAGAUCUCUGUUUCCUGGAGAGAGUUGGGAUGCCGGACGUCACUGCUCUUUGUGUUGAGUCAGGAAGUGGAGAAACUGCUGUAGAGCCCACUGACAGUGUUUGCAAAAGCGAAGAGGUGAAGGAUGACAGCAAAGCAGACGGAGCCGAGGAGCGAGAUGAAAAUGGAAAAGAAGAGGAAACCUGCUGCAGUACAGACACGUCAGAAAAGCCUGACAGCACAGGAUCAGACCUGCAGAUCUCAGCAGACUUGUGUGGCUCUGAUGCCACACUGGUAACCACAACCGCAUUGAUUGGAACAGGAACUGGAGUGGCAGCACUGCAAGUGAUUCAGGCCCGACCACUCUGGCCCACUGGACCUGCCCUAACAGCCCGAGUUCGCCGACUAAUAACAGCCUAUCAGCGUUUUACACUCCGUCGUGAGCCGAUGUUCAGACAUGACUUCCUGCUUCACGACAGCCUUGUUGCCAUGGGGAUGGGUGGAGCUGUUCAUCAUGCUGCGGGACCACUGACUUGGCAACUGAGUGAAGAGCUCAGACGAUGUUCUGUAGUUCCGACAGAACCAGACCCACUUUUUCAGGAGUGGCAGAGAAGGUGGACUCGUCGUGAGCAAUCAGAUUUCUACCGUGCUGUCUCAUCAUUUGGCGUGGUGUAUGACCCUGAGAGAAAGACCUUCGACUGGUCCCAGUUCAGAGCGCUGGCCAGACUGGAGAGGAAAACAGACGAGAGUUUAGAAAGAUACUUCAACUCUUUUGUCAACAUGUGCAGGACGGCGUGCAAACUUCCGCCCAGGAAGGAAGAAGGUCUGGUCGAUCCAGGUGUGCUUGUAGAACCACUGACAGAAGAGAGAGCAGCCCGGACUUUGUAUCGCAUCGAGCUGCUACGCAAGAUCAGAGAGCAGGUGCUGCAUCAUCCUCUGCUCUCUGCCCGACUCCAACUCUGCCGCCCCUCCCUCUACCUGCCCGUUUGGUGGGAGUCCGGGAAGCAUGACCGUGACCUCCUCAUUGGGGCAGCCCGUCACGGGUUGACCCGAACUGACUUCUACAUCCUCAAUGACCCACAACUCAGCUUCCUGGAGGCUCACAGGAACUAUGUCAGGGGUCACCCCGCUCAUCUCCAUCUUCAUGGCGCCCUUGGGGGUCAACCUGGAAUCUCAUCAUCUUCCCAGCUGCCUCAUUGCUGUCUUUAUGACUCUGCCAUUGGUAGUCACUCUCCUCAUCCUCCUGAGUAUCCUCAACAGUCCUCCCAGCCUGCAUCAGCCUCUCAUCUCCCGCCUCCAUCUUUGGAUGAUGCCGCUUCUCCAAACCUGGCAAUGAUGUCUGGGUCUCGUGCUGAUUUCCUGGAUGAAAGUCUGGAGCUGGGAUCGUUGCAACAUGACACAGACACUCUCCACGGAGGCAAAGCUUCCAAAGAUACGCUAAAUGGCUUUCCUUUUAACUCCGCGACAGGAGGACAAAGCAUGCUCAACUCAUAUGGGGUCAGCAGUGCUGAUCUGAAUUCAAAGCUACGGAGUGACGUUCUUGUUGGUGAGCAGGGGUCAUCGGAGGAAACUGGGCUUAUGGCUCCAUCAGUAGAGCUUGAUCGCUUACAGGCCUCCUGGGAUGGUGCAGAUCACUCCAGUCCUGCUCACCACAUGUUUAAUGAAUCUGACCCAAUCCUGGGCCCUUCUGGACUGGAGACAGGAUUUCUGGAAGAAGAGGACGAGGACGCCCAAAGAGGAGGUGCAGGAGAGGAAGAAGGGGGAACUCUUGAGGAGUGUCUGGGGCUACCUCCUUCUUCUCCUCCAUCCCACCCAUCAGCUGUUGACUCUGUGGAGCCACUGUCUUCAAGCUACAUGCUCUUCAAGGAUAUUGGCGUCAAUGAGGAUCCAAGCACGGAUCAGACCGAUCUGUCAGCCAGCCCUCCUCCAUCCUACGUUGCCCCACCUCCCCUUUCUCUGCCAGACAUCAACUCCCAUGAGCCCCAGGAUAGUCUUGACCAUUCUGAAGUUACAGAGAAUCUGACUGUUCCUGUAGAAGGAGAGAUUGAAGAGCCAGUCUCUGGGUUUAAUGAAGAGGAGGAAGGAGUCUUGGCAAAGGGGAGCAUCCAGGAAGUAGUGGAGAAGCAAAGAGAGGAGAUGCGUAAUGGAGAAGAUCCUGCUCCGGAUCAAGUUCCACGACAAUGCUUAAGAAACUCGACUCUGCCUAUGGAAGUGCCCGAGGCGGAUGAGAUUGCAAUGGCAGCAGAAUUCGAGGAAUCAAAUGAUCAACUGUGCCCAGAGCUCAAGAAGAACUUAAGGAAUGAAGGAGAGCUAAAAGAAGAACUGUCUGAACAUAUGCUUCCUUAUCUUGGAGAGCUGGAGCAGGAGAAUAGCCUCAUGUGCCCCGAGACAAUCGAGGAGCCAGAGGAGGAAGUGAGCCGACUGAUUCUGUAUCAGCAGGAGGAAACAAUGGAAAACUCUCUAGACUCAGGCUCUUUGAUAGGAAACACUCCUGGUGAGAUUUUGGAAGAGAGAACAAUAUCAGAUGUCUCAGCAGUAGACAAAGCACAGAAUGUUGGUGAAAGGGGAGAUGUUCUAGAGGAGAAAACCUUAGAUAAUGGAGUGGAGAUGCAUUUGGAUAACAGCAGCACAGAGUGUAAUCCUACUUUGUCUUCAUCAACUUCUGUUACGUCACCUCUGGAUUUAGUGAAGAGUUGUGAUAAUACGAAUGAUGGAUCCGAACACUCAUUAAGUCAGCAAAACCAAGUAGUAGAUUUUCAUCUAGCUGAAGAGGCUGGUGAUUUUAAGAACGUAAUCAUUGAGACAAAACCAGAUGAUCUUAAGUUUUCCCUAAUGGACAAUCGAGAUGUGAAACUGUUGAUCAAAGAAGAGGAGGUGAAGACUGAGUGUGAUCCUGAGGAGAGCUCUAUUGUCAAGCCUGACCCAUCUCUCACUGACUGUGUCAAAUCAGAAGAGCUUGCAACCAAUUUUAAGUGUUCAGACGACCAAGGAAGCAGUCACAAACCUGACGAUAUAAAACUUCACAUGAAACUGGAAACUGCAGACACCAGAGAAAUGAAACCUGAAGCUAAACCUGAAGAUUUGCAGUUAGCCAUGUUUUCUGACCAGCUGAAGACAGAGGCGAAACCGGACAUCAAGACUGAGGUGAAGCCAGAGCAGAACAAUCACGAGGUCAAACCUGAAGAGAAACCUGAAGACUUGAAGAUAACAACCAGUGCUGACAUUAAAGCUGAGACCAAACCAGAGCUUCUGGAGGGUGACCGCACCAUCUUAACUCCAAAGCUAGAGCAAGCAGUGGAUAUUGUGAUGAAGGAGGAACAAGUGAAGGAGGAGAGGCCAGCUACUCCAGUCUGUGCUGCCGAUGGAUAUUUGGACAGUCCCAGGCUUGCAAAUCCCAUUUCCUCAUGUGAAAUCCCGGACAGCCUUCAUGACACCAGAGAACCCACCAUCGCUCAGCUGCUGCAGGAGAAAGCACUUUACUCGUACUCUGAGUGGCCAAAGGACCGAGUGAUCAUCAACCGCUUGGACAGCAUCUGCCACACAAUCCUGAAGGGGAAGUGGCCUUCUUCCAACGAGCAGUAUGACUGUCCCAGCACCAUGGCAGCCAACUCCUGUCUGACACAGCAGCACCAUCGAGCUGGGUUCAUUCCCUCCUCAGUGUCGGCUCCUCUUCCGGGCCAGACCCGGGUGCACCAGGCCAGCCUUGGACUUGGGUUCACGCUUCCUCCGCCUCUGGCAAGACUACCGAAGUACUCGCCACGGGGAAGCUCUUAUGGGCGCGGCGCAUGGCGCCUCAACUCCUUACCUCUCUUGCAGGAGCGACUCGUGGCUCCUCCUUUCCUACCUGAGGUCAAGCGUGUGGGGGGUCGGAGGUUCGACUACGAAGCUGCUGCUAAAGCUUUAUCUGGCAAAUCAUCUACCCACACUCCCUCGGCCUCCAGCACAGACAAGCUCCCGGUUGUGGCUCCGCCCUCGCACCCAACCGGAGCCAUGUUAAUUAAUGGCUGGCAGGAAGCAGCGAUUGAUCUGACCAAGUCCUCUGGAGACGUCAGCAUCACUGCUGGGUCCAGUGAAGCCGUGGUAGCACCUGCAGUGCCUGGCUCUAGCUCUCACAAACUUCCCCCUCCUCCCAUCACUGCCCCCUUAACUAGCUCUCUGGGAAUCGACAUGACUGGGAUCCUGCAGGCUGGACUCAUCCAUCCUGUCACCGGGCAGAUAGUUAACGGGAGCCUACGAGGAGAUGAUGCACUGAGAAGGAAGAGGGGAAGGCGGAGAAAUGUGGAUGCGUUGUACUCAGAGUUUACCAAGAGUCGAGGACUGCAGCUCUCAGAGACACAGGGCCGUGUGGAGGUGAUCAGCCACUCCUCCGUCUCCUCCUCCACCUCGUCGCCAUCUCCCUCUCCUUCAGAUCGACCUGCUGGCACGACAACGCCAUCCUCAUCCACUACACCAACACCAACGCAAACCCCCCCUCAGCCAGAGAUCAUAGCUAUCGACAGAGAGGCAGCCAGCAAAGGCCUGAUGGAAUGGCUGCGGCAGAAUCCUGGUUACAGCAUGGACUUACCCAACUUCUCGCAUGUGGGAACUAGUGUUUUGCAUGGUUUUGUGGAGCGGCCGAAGCAGAGGAGGCAUCGCUGCAAAGACCCCACCAAACUGGAUGUUAACUCCCUGAGUGGGGAAGAGAGGGUUCCAGUCGUGCACAGAGGCACUGGACGCAGGCUGGGGGGCGCCAUGGCUCCUGCGAUUAAGGAGCUUUCCAGGUGGUUGGAUGCCAACUCCGAGUACUUUGUCGCCCCCGACUGGGCAGAUGUGGUGAAACACUCGGGUUUCCUCCCUGAGGGGAAAUUCUCCAGGAUCCUAACUGAGCCUGUCAACAAAGAUCCAGGGUCCCGACGCCGUGGCCGUCGUCCUCGCAACGAGAUGCCUAAGCCCCUCCUGUCUGCUUCAGACUCCUCCUCCGGUUUGGGGCCUCCGCUUUUCAUGAAUGGCGGUCUGAUCGGCAGCAUGGACUCCAUGGUGGCCAUGCAAAAUCUCCGCAGUGGCCUUCCUGGGUUUCCUAUCUCUGGGAUCAUGGCAGCUGGGUUCACUCAUGGGUUUCCAGUGGCGGCGGGAUCAGCUGAGGAUGCUAAAAAUGGAUUGAGCAUGUUACCAAUGAUGCUGCACAGCGUCCCACACGCCCAUGGAACAGCCAUUCCACAACACGCCUUGUUUAGCGUUGGUGCUAUGAUGGCGCCGCCCCCCCAACACCCGAGCUCCUCCUCAUCCUCAUCUGCUUCUGUGGCAAAGGUCACCACAACGACAGCGCCUUCUUCAUCUGCAUCAGCUGAACCUGCAACAUCAUCUGACAAGGAUGGUACAACAUCAUCAGGUGAGAAAGAGGUGAAACAGGAAGAGAGUGCAGCAGCAGAUAGCAGCAAAGGACCCGCCGCAGCAGACACAGCUGCCAUUAUCACCUCCACCAGCAGGGGGCAUUUGGCUCCGGCGCAUCUUGGAGCAACCAGCACCGGGCACCUCACAUUUAACCCCUUUCUAAUCCCUGGUCUGUCACAUGGUCUGCUUUACCCGCACAUGUUCCUGCCGCAUGGUGGCAUCAUGACUUUGCCAGCAAUGCCCCCUGGCAGUGUAGAUGGCUCAGCAGGAAGCCUCAAGAGGAGGAGGAAGAGAGAGCAGGAUGAGGAGGAGGAGAAGCCAGCAGCAGCAGCAGCAGCAGGAGGAGAAGGAGAUAAAACGGAUGACGGUGAAUGUACUGUUGAAGUAGCCCCCUCCUCCUCCUCACCUCCUCUGCCUUCUACCUCUGCUCCUGCCGACCAACCGCAGGAUCUAGACUCCCUUCAACAUCCUGAUGGAGCAGCUGAGAAGGAGAGUUCAGGAAGAGAGGGCGAGGAGCAAGCAAACAAGGUGGAGGGCUAGACGACUUCCAGCAAUGUAAGUCUGUGUUGUAUCCAUCUGUCAUGUAAAGACCUUUAUAAUGAAGAUUAACGACUAUAUUCAUGUUUAUAACACCCCAACACCAUGCUCCUCCACUUGUAAACAAACUGUGUACUUCCCUUCACUCUGCAUCCGGUCCGGAGGAACUAUGCUGGAAAGGACCAGGAGCAACUCUCUGACGUGAUAUUUAAAAAAGUUAUACCUGUAAGCUUAAGUGAGUGAGAGAGAAAUGUUUCCAUGGUUUGGACGACUGAAGAGCAGUGAGGUGGUUUUCUAAAAACAAACCAAACCACUUUAACCAAGUACUGUUUUUAUUCCUCAUUAUUUAUCCGUGCAAUUUCAUGAGUCCUGCGGUUGAGAUUAAGUGAAGAGUCAGCAUUAUCAGUGCUAGAGUCUGCUGCCUAGAAACAGGAAUCUUUCAGGGUCCUGCGACAGUUCAUAGAAAUGUGUGGUCAAAAGAUGACGAUCAGAAGUGGGCAGAUCAACUUUAAUGAAGUACGUGAGCUAACUUCAUCUUCAACUUCAGGCAUUGAGAAGCAACUAUCACAAAUGGCUCCAUUCUGGGAAAUACGAGCGGCUUUGAGGAUGACAUGUCAAUGACAGUCUUAUGCACAUUCUUAUUGGGUGCGACCUGUGAGGUCAUUUUUUUUUCAAAUACUAACAAGUUGUUAGUGUGACAAACCACAAUUAAAAUUUCCCUCUGACAGUUGGACAUUUAUUUUACUAUGACUCAUAAUAACUUUGCUCUGCUGUUGCCCCUUUCUUUUUCUGUCUCAUACCAAAAGUAGUAAAAGAAAUGCGCAAAUUAGGUCUAUUCUAGAAUAAAGACAGGCAGAUUUCCAACUUGGCAAUUUCAUUUUGAAAAUUUUGAACUGAACUUGACCAAAGCCAAACAUGGGACAUCAGAAAUGUAAACCUCCAAUGUCAAUUUUUCUUCCUUCAGUGGGAAAAAACUACAAAAUAAUUGUAUAUCUGGGAAAACAAAUGCACACUAAAUGUGUAGAAGCAAACAUAGAUUCAUGUUUUGCUUUUACCUUUGCAGCAAACAAUCUUGAGUUGUUUUUUUUUUAAGUUGCUAACUAGUCACUUUGAGAUCAGCUGGGAGAUUCUUACCCACCCAACAAGUCACUUUUUUCCAGAAACAAAUGCAGUCAUGAUGUUUCUGGCUGGAAUGGUAUCCACUAGGGCUGUACUUUACAUUUGAAUAUGUACAAAACAUUUUUCACCAGUUUGAGUUCUGAUAUUUUAGAAUUAUGAAAGAUGAGCUAGAUUAUUGUGAGUUUGCAGUUCAGCAGACUUGAUUGUUGCUUUAAUGUGGCACUUAAUCUGUGUCUGUAUUUUUAGCUUCAAGGUUACAAAUGGCUCAUAAAACCGCUGCUAGCAUUUAAGAAUAAAUCAUUCUUUGAAAUUCACAACAUUGAAAUCGAAUGAGGCUUUUCAAAAUUAAAAUUUUUGUGAAGCCUGCAACUUGAAAACAACAAUUGAAAGCCAACAGUUGACUUGUGGUUGACUUGUUUAGUUGCUUUUACAAGGCUGUUAAGAAAUUCAUUAUGGAAAUUGAGUUGGCUAAGAGUAGGAAUGGAAUCACUCUUCAGAAACUGUGCAGCCCUAGUUUCCCACUCUGUUACUCCACAACAAGAAUGGACUGGUAAUGCAGUUAUGGAUCGGCCAUGAAAGGGAAAUAUCUUAUUUUUUGUUCGGGUGAGGAGAGCUGGCUGUGCGCCUCGUUGUUGUCUUUUCCUCCAUCUCAGUAUUGUGUAGACUUUUAAAUAUGUAAAUCUGCCGCUGUACAUUGCUUUUUUGUAAGUGCACCACAUAUUUCUCUUCCCCUUUCGAUUUGUUUCCCCCAACGGGAAAAAACAAAAAAUACUUGACAAAUAUACUAAGUUUUUAACGGAGGUUAGCCGCAGUGUUUGGUGUGUCCAUCGACUGUACUGUACAUUAAAUGGAUGCAAGUGGCUGGUUUUUCGUCGCUCUUUCAUAACAGGGUCUAUAUCGUUCCGGGGUCGAAUGUCGACUUUCUUUUUGUUUUCGUACAUGAAAACAUUAUUUUUGCACAACUUUGUGAACCGUGCUGUCCUUCAUUUCAGUGUGAUGACAGAGGAUCUGUGUGCAUGCAUGCGCACACAUGUUGGUGUUUCUUCUUAGGUCACUUUUCUUGUUGGGAGGGAGAGACGUGGGUUAUAAACAUAGUUGUUGCCUUGUCACAAUUAGUGACUACAUAUAAUUUAUUAUUCUCAAAUUUACUUGCCAAACUUUUACCAAAUAUGACAUUAUUUUAUUUUCAUUCUGUAUUCUUCGAGUAAACUGCCUUAUUUAGCGUAUAUGUUGUUGUAUAACUGUUGUUACAUCUUCAUAUUGGGAUAUUACAUUCAGAAGCAAGGUAACGCUGUGAAAAAUCAGCCCAAAAAAGUCAAUCAGUCGUCCCUCAAAGCACAAACGGAGAGUUGAGUGACUGUUCUCUGACUAGUGCCUCCAAAACAAAACCUCUCUUUGUUGUGAGUGCCGCUAAAAAAGCCGGUUUACAUCAUGUUUCUGUAGCUCCAUUGUUUUUUUUGGGGGGGAAAUAAAAGAGCAAGGUUCUUUUGUAGCUUAUGCCGGUUUUGCAGAUGACACCAUGUUGUACCUAAAAGAGUGCUUUUUAAUUAAUUUCUGUUUAUCGUUUGUGUCUUACAAGGUACAUUUGUGGAAAUUUGUUGCAAACAUCUGACAAUCGUGGCCUUCUACAAGUGUUCUGUUGCUACUGUUGGUCAACAAAGACUCACUUGAGUCUUAGCAAAAGUAAAUCUGAGCUAGCUUGAUAGCAUUGUGUUUAUUUCUGUGGCACGCUGCAGCUUGGACAUUGAACCUAGCCUAAAUCUGAAACCACAACAAAGACACUCAAUAAGAUAUUUUUUAAAUGAUUAUUUUUCGUUUGAAAAUAUUUUUUUCAGUCAUUGUUUUUUACUUGAAUAAUAAAUGACUGCUAGCAUGGCUUAAGUGACAUCAAAUAGACCAUAUUAUUGAUACAAGUACAAAAGCUUUGACCUGGCUGGGAAAUGUUUUAGUUAAUUAACUAAAUCACUAUUACUCAAAAAGUGAAAAUGUGUAUGCUAAUUGCUCACUGUUGCGGGUGUACUUCAUGUGAAGUAGAAUUCAAUGACUGCUGGUGACGUCUCAAGUUUUCAAGUUUGCCCCACAAUAAGAAAAUCAAUCAAAUUCUGCAGCUGAACAUUGGAUUUUGAAAUUUAGCUGCCAAUAUUGGCAGGUGGUUGGUUAGACACUACGGCUUGGGAUGACAAGUAUAGCGUCUAAUAGAACACAAAAAUACUUUGUCCUUUGUCGGCAUAUACUUUUGCUCAGACUCAAAGAUGAGUUGAUGGAAAUCUUAACAUUUGAAACACUAAAUGAUCCAAUCGACUCAUAAUACACAACAAACUUUGACGCUACUAUUUUCAGUGUGUGAAGCAUCAGUUGGAAGAAGCAACAUGUCAUUCCUGAGUGAUUCCUGGAGAUGGAGCCGGUCAGCUGUUAUAACUUACUGCUUAUUAAAAAAAAAAAAAAAAUCAUCUUUUGACGACUUGAAACGAACUGUUCGGUUUGUGAAAACAGAACUGAAACUAAUACUCCAGCGUUAUCUGUUCACAGUGUUUUCUGUUCCGUUCAAGUUUGUUUGUCAAAUGUUGUUCAGAACCUCAACAUGUUGUACACAUUUAGCUCUUCUGAUAAAUAAUGUAUUUAUUGUACAGUUCUUGUCUUUGCAUUGUUGUCUCAUGACUGAUAAAUGGUUGCCUUUGUUACCCGGAAUGUACGAAGUUCAUGUGGUUC